UCCCGAAGAUACUCCCCACUCUCAGCGCCUGCUUUCGUGAGGCGUCCGUCCGUUUGUCCGUUUCCUUCCAUCCGCUGCUGGAGAGGGCUCAUUGCUGGCCAGGGACAGAGCCGGGCACUGAGGAGCGACAGGACCCGGAGGAGGAGGAGGGAGAGCGCAGGCAGCGAGGAAAGGAGGAUCCCGGCAGGGCAGGUGACAAGCAUGAAAUUCAGCCCAGCGCACUACCUGCUGCCUCUCCUGCCGGCGCUGGUCCUCAGCACCAGACAGGACUCUGGAGAGCUAGAAAAGCAGCUGAAGCAAGUCUUGAAGGAGCGGAGCACCAUCCUCCGCCAGCUGACAAAAACAUCAAGAGAACUUGAUGGAAUUAAAGUCAACCUUCAGAGUUUGAAAAACGAUGAGAAAUCUGCCAAAACUGAUGUUCAGAAGCUUCUAGAAAUAGGUCAGAAACAAAGAGAACAAAUGAAGUCUCUCCAGGAGGCCCUGGAAAAUCAGCUUAAAGAGACAACUGAGAAAGCAGAAAAACAGCAGGCUACUAUUGCUUUUUUAAAGACUGAAAUGGAGAGAAAGAACAAAAUGAUCCGAGAUCUCCAAAAUGAGAAUAAAAGCUUGAAACACAAACUCUUGUCAGGAAACAAGCUAUGUGGAAUACAUGCAGAAGAGUCAAAAAAAAUCCAAGCCCAGCUGAAGGAGCUUCGUUAUGGGAAGAAAGAUUUAUUAUUUAAGGCCCAACAGCUUACUGAUCUGGAACGAAAAUUAGCUGUGGCGAAAAAUGAACUGGAGAAAGCAGCUCUUGACCGGGCGUCGCAGCUGAAAGCAAUGAAAGAGACGGUACAACUCUGCCUCUCAACAGUUUUCCAUGAUCAACCUCCUCCCCCUUUGAAUCUCUUCAAGCCAAGUCCAACUCGGAUAUCAAUUCCAUCCAUGCCAAAUGACACUAAGAUUGCAGAUGCAAGAACAAGAAACAAGGCUCAACAAACCACUUCUGAAGCCCAUGAGAGCUCUCAAGUUGAGACUACAAAGGAAGAAUAUCUGAGUACCCCUGAGUGCGAUACUCAAAUUGGGAACACGACCUGUUCAAUGAAGCACAAAGAAAAUCCUGCAAGCAAUGACACUGCAGAAUCAGAACCUGUCCCACAGAAUGUGCCGGUGCUUCCUUGUACUGAAUGCGAAGAGGAAAAAAACCCGGGAAAACAAUUGACCAGCACUGAAGGGAAAGCAAAUAGAGAAAAAAACUGA